AUGACUCCGACACCUCCUUCUACAAACUCCUCGAGUGCUGGCCAUUCUCCAGAUUACAGAGUCGUCCGGAAACGAAAUAGGGUCCCAUUGUCAUGUGGGCCUUGUCGACACAGAAAGCUGAAAUGCAAUCGUUCAAAUCCCUGCGAAAAUUGUGUCAAACGAGGAGACGCCGCGUCAUGCAACUAUGCGCAAACCAACUCGCGCAGGAAGAACCCGUCGCAGCAGUCGUCCAACACACCAGAUGAUAUGCAAAACCGCAUCGAUCGGUUAGAAGGCUUGGUUCUUUCGUUGAUGACAAACGGCGCUCAGUCUGAGGGUCCGGCUGCUGCUAUGGCAGCAAUCUCCGGUGAUAGUAGUGCGGGCUCGGCUCAGUUCUCCCAUGACUACGAUAUCGAGGAGGAGGGCGUGGAGGGCGCCGAAGACAGCGAAACGGACCAGGUGACGAAGUCGUUUGGUGUCAUGAAGAUGGAAAAUAACAAGUCUUAUUACAUCAGUGAAGCCCAUUGGGCGUCUGUAUUAAGUGAUAUCGCCGAAGUGCGAAGUUUCUUCCAAACGCACAAGAAGCAAGUUGAUGAGCAGGUUGAGAAACUCAAAGCGGCCCGACCAACUACUGAUGCACCAGGCGCCACUUUAUUAUUUGGUGUCACUAAACCGAUGAGCCGUAGCGAGAUUAUGGCUAGCCUGCCAUCUAAGUAUACAACUGACAUUCUUGUUGCUCGCUAUUUCAAUUGUUAUGACCCUGCAACCCAUGUUCUCCAUGGGCCCACAUUCCAAGCACAGUAUAAUAAACAUUGGGAUGAUCCUGCGGCGACCGAACUUGUCUGGAUCGCCAUGCUCUUUGCAAUGAUGAGAUUGGCAAUGCUGUCUUACCACCGCGAAGGCGAUGAGCCACCUGAAUUCCGGGGCAAGUCCAUUGACAUGGCUGGGGGAUUCCGGAAUUCUGUAGCACAGUGUUUGACAUUGGCUGACUACACAAAACCUCACCGCUUCUUGAUUGAAGCGCUUGUGUUUCACUUGCAUGGUGAUUUCUCUCAGACCCGAGAGGCGGAUAUUUCAAUCUGGGUUAUGACCGGCGUUGUUGCUCGCUUAGCAAUGCGAUCGGGAUAUCACCGUGAUUCCAAAAUGUUCCCGAACAUCACACCUUUCCAGGGUGAGAUUCGACGGCGAGUGUGGACAUUUGUGCGCCAAGCCGAUAUUCUAUUCUCAUACCAGGUCGGGUUGCCGGCCAUGAUACGGGGUACAGAUAGUGACACUGAACUGCCACGGAAUUUGUACGAUGAUGAUUUCGAUGAAGACUGCAAGGAACUCCCACCACCUCGUCAAUUGAACGAGCCAACACCAAUCGCGUAUCUGAUUGCUAAAGCACGCCUGUCGUACUCAUUCAGUCGUGUUGUUGAACAAAGCUCUGCUGUCUCGCCGGCUCCGUACGAAAAAGUGAUGGAAAUUGACGCGGAACUCCGACAGGCAAGAGAUUUGAUACCUGAUCACUUGCAUAUUCGGCCUAUGGAGGAGUGCCAGUUGGAUCCUAUUAAUAUUAUCAUGUCACGGUUUGCCGUAAUGGCCGUGUACAACAAAGCUCAGUGUGUGCUCCACCGCCCGUACCUGCCUCGCGCUCGAGAAAAUCCUCGUUUCACCUAUUCUCGAAGGACAUGUAUCGACUCGGCAAUGGAAUUAUUGGAAGUCCAGAAAAUUAUGCACUCGGAAACGCGCAACGGACGUCUACGUAGUCGCCAGAGCCGAACAACUUCCCUAAGUUCAGCCGACUUCUUACUCGCCGCAACCAUUGUUGCUCUCGACCUAUACCAAGGCCUGUCAUUCCAGGGGACCGGUCGGCCAUCGGGAGACACGUACACAUGGGGCCGAGAGCGGCGCGAUGAAAUGAUUACUGCGAUACAACUCUCGAAAACUAUUUGGGAUGAGUUGCGUGAUGAGAGCAUGGAAGCAUGGAAAGCAUCCACCGUUCUUGGUGUGAUGCUCAGCAAACUGCAGAUGCCGGUCCCAGGUCUUGAAAAUAGCGCUGGAGCUGCUUCAUUUGAGCCACACGACGAGAAGCAGAAUGCUGCCAUGACCCUCGGUCUUCUGAGCAGUGGAAUGAGCCCGAUGAACUCUGGCCUGCCGCAGUUUGCUGAUCCCAUGUUCAAAAUGGGAGAUUUGCAAAUGGGAACAGGAGUAGGUGGUGUGGGCGCCUCGGCCGAAAUGCCGGGUGUGCUUUCGCCCUUUAGCAGCAUGUUCGCGCAGAUGCCGGACAUGCAAGCUAAUUUGGAUUGGGAUGCCUGGGACACAUAUAUCCAAAACCCAACUCUCGACGCGACAAAUCAAUUCUGGCCUAUGAUUGAUGCACAACGCCAAAUGCCUCUACAGUCUGGAGGCAUGUCACAGCCUUCCGUGUCUAGUCCCCUAAGCUCAGGGCAGGUACCAUCGACGAGCGGUGUUCUGCGGCCAUCGACAAUGUUCUCAGGAUCCACCAACAGUCCGGAUAAUGGUGUGCCAGUACCAGGAUACGGCACGACACAAAUGCCUCAACCCAAUAACGGUAGAGCCAACAUAUUAUUAAAAUACAAGAUCAACACAUCUUGUGUUGUUUUAAUUUUUAAGAUGCAUUGCUUCCGCCGAGCCGUUUCUCGGCUUCAAUUGUCCCCAGCCGCCUCGCGUUCAUCGAUCAUCACCUCUAGCGCAGUGCUACGCUCAACAUGUCCCACUCCGAUGCUCGCCGCUUCGUGGUUCGCCUACCCAGCCAUCACACAGACACGGUUGAACUCUACCAAUGAAAGUGGGCCACGAAUUCCCGUUAAAUAUGUUGAGUCUGUCGCACCGAAAACAUCCCCGGACCAAGUCCGCCUGGAGAGAACCGAGCGCCGUCGUCAGUACAUGAGCGAAGGCCCUGUACCGAAGACCACCCUGUACGUCGGCAACCUCUUCUUCGACGUGACUGCCGAGGAUCUACGCAAACAGUUUGAGAAGUACGGUGUCGUAGAGAACGCACUGAUCGUGCACGAUGCCCGCGGGUUGAGCAAAGGUUUCGGCUACGUUACCUUCAGCACUGUCGAGGAAGCUACGCAAGCAAUCACGCAACAGCACGGAGGCAUUAUGGAAGGCCGCGAGGUGGUGGUGCAGUUCUCCAACACCACAUACAGAUCCAUGGCCGACAACAAGCCCAGCAAGACCCUCUACCUUGGCAACGUCCCCUACGAAUUGACCGACCAGGAUCUGCAGGAUUUGUUCGAUGAUGUCCCAGGUGUCACCGAUGUCCGUAUCCCCGUCGACCGUCGCACAGGAUUGCCCCGUGGAUUUGGACACAUCGACUUCAAGGACCUGGCCAGCGCCUCCAACGCCAAGGAGGUUCUCUCCCGCAAGGCGCCUUACGGCCGCAAGCUUACUGUCAGCUUUGCUAAGCGCAAGGUCUUGAGCCCCGAGGAGCACCUGCGUCAACAGCAGAAGAAGAUGGAGAAGAGAUCUCCCAACAAUAAACGUACGGGUGCUCAGAAUACCGGUGUGAGAGAAGUGAGAGAUGUGCUGGAGGUGAAUGAGCUUGGAAAGGUCUCUGAGCCGAAAGAGGCCGAGCCUAUUCCUGAGGUGAAGGAACCUGAGCAGGUGGCUGAGAAGACCGAGACUGAGCAGAAGUAG